AUGUUCACGGGCAUCGUCGAAGAGAUUGGAGUCGUCUCCCAUGUCGACACCAACGACUCAUCCGGCGGCACUACCGUCACUUUCACCAUCCCGGCGAGCUCCGAGCUCCUCAAGGACUGCCAUGAGGGCGACUCAAUCGCCAUCAACGGCUGCUGCCUCACCGUCACCUCAUUCACCUCCAGCAGCUUCAAGGUGGGCAUAGCACCGGAGACGCUGCGCAUCACCAACCUUGGCGCGCUCCGGCAGUCGAGUAGGGUCAACCUGGAGCGCGCCGUCCGGGCCGAUACCCGCAUGGGCGGCCACUUUGUCCAGGGCCACGUCGACACGACGGCCGAGAUCCUGUCCACCACCAAGGACGGCAAUGCUCUGACAUUCCGGUUUCAGCCCAAAAACCGCGACAUGCUGCGGUACAUUGUGUACAAGGGUUUCAUCUCCGUCGAUGGCACCAGCUUGACCGUUACCAGGGUUGAUGACAUGGACGGCUGGUGGGAGAUUAUGCUGAUUGCCUACUCGCAAGAGCGAGUUGUCCUGGCACAGAAAGCCAAGGGUGACACGGUGAACAUUGAGGUGGACAUGAUGGCUAAGUACGCUGAAAAGUCGCUGGCGGGAAUCCUCGGUUCGGCGACCGGUUCGGCAUCGAUUCCCCUGCUCGAGAAGAUGGUGGAGCGAAUCGUUGCCCAAGGACUGGGAGGCAAACCUUGA